AUGACAAACAGCAAGACACUCGCACAGCCGCUACAAAGCACAGAGCCUCCGAUUGAUGAGUACAAACGACCUAGCUGGGCUUCCUUACCACGAAAAGGGCAGUUGCUCGUUCUGUGCAUGAUACGAAUAACUGAACCUAUCACGGUAUUAUGUCUCAACUCAUACAUAUUUUACCAGCUUCGAUAUCUCGACCCAACCUUACCAGAGGAUGAGAUCAUAAGACAGGCAUCGAAUCUUCGGUCAGUCUAUAUGCUGACUCAAUGUGUUUCGUCUUUUCUCUGGGGUCGCAUUGCAGAUUCACCUCUUGGUGGAAGGAAACUCGCCGUGCUUCUUGCCCUGAGCUGUUCAUUCCUUAGCAACCUGUCUCUUUGCUUCAUUUCAAGUUACAGACAGGCUCUCGCCAUCUAUGCUGCACAAGGCUUCUCCAAUAAUAACACCGCCAUAGUAAGGACACUAGUUUCUGAAGUGGUACCACAAAAACGGUUCCAAGCCAGAGCGUUUGUAUUGCUGCCGAUAUGCACCAGCCUCGCAUCAGUCCUUGGCCCGCUUAUAGCAGGCUUGACAGUCGAAGCCAAUCCUCAAACACAGAUCAACAACCACUCCUUACUGGAUAGAUAUCCCUACGCGUUACCACCUUUGAUUAACUCCGUACUGUUACUGGUGCCUCUAUUGGCAACCUUCUUAUUUCUUGAAGAGACCUUAGAAUCCUUACGCGACAAAUAUGACCCCGGAAUUGCAAUAUCAAGAAGACUCGUUUCGUUCUUCAGCUGGUCUAGCCACCAACCAGCGCGUUACGAAGCCAUCCGUCUUGAUAUUGAUGAGAACGGAGAAGUGGAGUCUGUUGACAGAACGGAACAUGCUGAUCAAAGAGGCUCAUCAAUGCAACUAAGUCAUUUGACAGAGGGAAGUAAUGGCGACAGCAAGACGGAGUAUUUUCUACCAAUGUCUCGCACAUUUACCAAGAAGAUGAUGCUCGUUCUAUUUGCAGGGGUUCUUCAGGACAUGCAGGUCAGCGUAACUAGCGACGCUAUGAACAACCUGCUGAGUUUCCCUGUGGCAAGUGAAGAGCAGAAACGUCAAAUGGUAUUACCGUUUCGGUUCAGUGGUGGUGCUGGAUAUAAGCCCAGCUCACUCGCGUGGACGACAUGUAUAUUUGGGAUAUUGGGACUUCCAUUCCAACUAUUAUUAUACCCUCGAAUUACUCAGAGCCUAGGGGUAUUGAAGACGUGGAGGUACCUUAUGUUCGCAUUCCCCUUGAUAUGGUUUCUAUAUCCAUACUUUGCGGUUUUGCCUUCGAGCACGCCUCCACCCUCAGAAAAAACGGGAUUUUUCAUCUGGGGCUUUAUUGUGUUCCUUGCUACUAUAUCAGGGCUAUUUGUAGGCUGCGUAAUGCCUUGCCAGCUCAUACUUGUAGCGCAGUCAUCACCACAUCCCUCUGCCCUAGCAAGAACCCAAAGCAUUGCCUUUUUUGCUUCUACAGCGACUAGAGCGUCUAGCUCAGCUAUAUCAGGCCGUCUCCUUGCAUAUGGUUUAGAUCGAAAUCUAACGGGUCUACCGUUCUGGCUUAGCGCUCUAAUGGGUGUGAUAGCAAUCGGCAUCAACUCAUUCAUACAAGAAGAGAGCGGUUCUUAA